CUCCAGAGCCAACUACAACUACACCUCCCACUACGACAACUCCACAGUCAACUACAACCACACCAGUUACUCCAACACCUCCCCUUACAGCCAAAACAACCCUACAGUCACCCACUACUUCAGAAUCAUUUGUUACUGGCCCGCCAUUGUCAACGACAACCCAAGGUUCAUUUACAGCUACAGAACAGGUUCUGAAUACAACCCAAACAUCUGAAUCAACACCAUCAACACAAACUUCAUCACGUUCCACGACAAAGUGCUUCUGUGUUUUUAAUGGCACAGUUUAUCAGCCAGGGGAUGUAAUAUUUUCAAUGUACCCCAUUGGAUCAGGCAUUUGCCUCACAAUGACUUGUUCUGAUGUUUGUGAAAUUCAUAACAGCACUGAAAUGUGUGUGAUUACCUCAACAACUCCGUCUCCCAAACCCAACAUUCCUACGUGUCCUGAAUGGGAUGCUGUUCAAAAUGAGACCUUCUACUUGUGCGACUGCACUAUGGCCAGAUGCAUUGAGAACAACACAAUUGAAAUAGUUCCAUAUGAGUGUCCACCCCUCCAGAACAUAACCUGUGCCAAUGGAAAGAAACCAGUUCUUGUGUAUGAUGAGUACCACUGCUGCCAACAAUAUGUUUGUGACUGUGAAUGCGAAGGCUGGGGAGAUCCUCAUUACAUCACAUUUGAUGGGUUAUACUACAGUUAUCAAGGAAAUUGUACUUAUAUUUUGAUGGAGGAGAUCACAGCAAAACACCAUUUGAAGAUCUAUAUUGACAAUGUAUUCUGUGAUCCCACUGAAGACGUUUCUUGUCCAAGAUCAAUAACCAUAGCAUAUGGAUUUCAAGUUGUCACACUCAUCAAUCAUAACCUUAUCGGAGCUCCACAAUUAGAGGUAUUAAAAAGUGGUCAAAAAUUGAAACUACCCUAUGCACAGCAAGGUAUUAAGAUUAUAAGUUCUGGCAUUAACCUGAUUUAUGAGAUCCCUCUCCUAAAUGUGGUUGUUACAUUUGGGAUGACUGGCUUUAGUGUCAACCUUCCAUAUCAAUACUUUGGGGGCAACACACAGGGUCAUUGUGGGACAUGCAACAACAAUCAGGCCGAUGACUGCAGAUUGCCGACAGGCGAACUGGUGCAAAAUUGUGGAGUGAUGGCAGACUAUUGGCCAGCAAAUGACAUUUAUCAACCUAACUGCCCAACACCACCUGCAGUACCCACUCAGGUUCCUGAACCACCGCUAGAACCAACUCCAUGCAAGCCAGACUCCAUUUGUGAUCUGCUGAAGAGCAGUGUCUUUGCAGAAUGUCAUCCAUUGGUUUCCCCAGACAAUUUCUACAGAGGUUGUGUUUUUGAUAGUUGCCAUGUUUCAAAUCCUGCAGUGGAGUGCACAAGUUUGCAAACUUAUGCUGCUGCCUGUGCUCAGGCUGGAAUUUGCAUCCACUGGAGAAACCACACUAAAAUAUGUGCUAGUGACUGUCCAUCAGACAAAGUUUAUAAACCUUGUGGCCCUGCAGAACAGCCCACUUGUGAAGACAGUGCCGAUGAACCAACAGUAACGUUUGUUACUGAGGGCUGCUUCUGUCCUGAUGGAAUGAAACUCUUCAACAAAGAGUCAGGAAUAUGUGUUGAAAAGUGUGGAUGUCUCGAUCCUGAAGGCAUUCCUCGAGAGUUUAAUGAGCAGUUUGAGUACAAAUGCCAGGACUGCAUUUGUGACGAGCCCACCAAAACUGUGAUUUGCAAACCAAAGACUUGCCCAGCACCACCCACUGCUAACUGCACUGAUCCAGGGUUUGUUGUUGUGAACCAAACCAAUCCUGCGGAUCCCUGUUGCUAUGCCUACAUUUGUCAAUGCAACGUCAACAAAUGCCCAGUAAGCAGCAUGAACUGUCCAGUUGGAUACAAACCAGUCAUCAGUGUUCCAGAGGGAAAAUGCUGUCCACAACAUACAUGUGAGCCUAAGCGAGUUUGUGUCCACAAGGAUGUUGAAUACCAGCCUGGUUCCUCAGUUCCUGCGAAUGCAUGCCAGGACUGUACCUGCAGCAAUGAGGUCGAUCCAAAAUCCGGUCUGUUUAAAAUAGUGUGUGUGUUUCAACCUUGUAAAGAGACCUGUGAGCCGGGAUAUGAAUAUGUGGAAACUAAUGAUUAUGAUUGCUGUGGAAAGUGUGUACAGAAACAAUGUGUCCUGAAUUUAAAUGGUACCAAGCAUCUCUUGAAUGAAGGGCAAACCUGGUCACCGCCUGAAAACAUGUGUGAGCACUACACCUGUAUGAGGAGUGGGGACACACUGACAGCCCUAAGCUCACACAUCAUUUGCCCGGUUUUCCAACAGAGUAACUGCCAGCCUGACACAAUUCAAACAGCUGCAAAUGGCUGCUGUAAAAUUUGUGUGGAGAUAGACAAAGCCUGCAAACUGGUGAGCAUGACAACUCAUGUUUCGCACCAUGGCUGUCGGUCUACAGAACCGGUGGAAAUGCCGUACUGUGAAGGGUCUUGCAACACAUUCACUAAGUACUCUGAAGCGGCAGCUGCUAUGGAACAUUCUUGCUCCUGCUGUAAGGAAAUGCGCUCCAGCAAUCGCACCGUUGAUUUGCUGUGCUUGAAUGGAGACAAGGUCAAACACACCUACUUGUAUGUGGAGGAGUGCGGCUGCGGCCAGACCGAGUGCACCACAGCUGCAGGGCUGUCUGCUCGCAGAAAACGAAGAUCCACCCUGCUGUGACACAGUCGUCUUUCAUAACCUGCUGAAUGUUAGAAGUGUUUUGUCUUGUACCACUCUAGCAAUAUUAGAAAGUAAUUUACCACUGAAGUGGAAUAUUUAUCAACUAAUCAAAUAAAAGUAUGCAACUCA